AUGUCCAUCUCGGGUAUGGUGGGGGAGGAUGGCAUUUCUGAGGAGCCCCUAACAACUCCAGUCGCGCCCACUCUCUCUUCCUUUUGGGGAACGGAGGAAGUAUGGAAGACUGGGACCGAUGAGAUGGAACACGGGCAGGUCAUCAAGGUGCGAUUUGGGGACCAACGACGGAGAAGCCAGCGAGCCACACUACUGGAGCAGAUCUGGCGUAGAUGGGCGAGCGAGAUCGGAGUGGGCUCUACUGAAGUCCUGAACUACCUUGGUACCUCGUAG